AAUGGGAGACGGGGAGUGGGCGUCAGAAACUCCCGGGGUCCGGGCGACUCAGCCCAGCCUCGCCCCGAGCCUCUCCUUCCGCUCUAAUCCGCAGGUCUCUGGAGCGCAGCCAGGGAGCUGUGCAUGGCUCGCGCUGCGCCUCGGAGGCUCUGACCUCAAAGCCCCUCCGUUCCCCGCCCCCCUCCCCACCCCCGCUUCCGUGCAGGGCGGACCGGGAAGGCCACAAAAGCCCGGCUGAGGACCCGCUGCCCGCCCAGCCGAGCUGCUGCCCGCACUCCCUCCUCUCCAAGGAUGUCUCUCCGAGUUGAGCACCCCGCUAGUGGAUACAAGAAACUGUUCGAAACUGUGGAGGAACUGUCCUCGCCACUCACAGCUCAUGUGACAGGCAGGGUCCCCCUCUGGCUCACUGGCAGCCUCCUCCGGUGUGGACCAGGACUCUUCGAAGUAGAGUCUGAGCCUUUCUACCAUCUGUUUGAUGGGCAAGCUCUUCUGCACAAGUUUGACUUCAAAGAAGGCCAUGUCACCUACUACAGACGGUUCAUCCGCACUGAUGCUUACGUCCGUGCCAUGACUGAGAAAAGAAUUGUCAUAACUGAAUUCGGUACCUACGCUUACCCAGAUCCCUGCAAGAAUAUAUUUUCCAGGUUUUUUUCUUACUUUCGAGGAGUGGAGGUUACGGACAAUGCCCUUGUAAAUGUCUACCCAGUGGGGGAAGAUUACUAUGCCUGCACAGAGACUAACUUCAUUACCAGGAUUAAUCCAGAGACCUUGGAGACAAUCAAGCAGGUUGAUCUUUGCGACUAUGUCUCGGUCAAUGGAGCCACCGCUCACCCCCACAUAGAAAACGAUGGGACCGUUUAUAACAUUGGUAAUUGCUUUGGGAAAAAUUUUUCCAUUGCCUAUAAUAUUAUCAAGAUCCCUGCGCUGCAAGCAGACAAGGAAGAUCCAAUAGGCAAGGCAGAGAUCAUUGUACAGUUCCCCUGCAGUGACCGGUUCAAGCCAUCUUACGUGCACAGCUUUGGUCUGACUCCCAACUAUAUCGUUUUUGUGGAGACACCAGUGAAAAUCAACCUGUUCAAGUUCCUGUCCUCCUGGAGUCUGUGGGGGGCCAACUACAUGGACUGCUUUGAGUCCAAUGAAACCAUGGGGGUUUGGCUUCAUGUCGCUGACAAAAAAAGAAGAAAGUACCUCAAUAAUAAAUACAGAACCUCUCCUUUCAACCUCUUCCAUCAUAUCAACACCUAUGAAGACUCUGAGUUCCUGAUUGUAGAUCUCUGCUGCUGGAAAGGAUUUGAAUUUGUUUAUAAUUACUUAUAUUUAGCCAAUUUACGUGAGAACUGGGAAGAGGUGAAAAAAAAUGCCAGCAAAGCUCCUCAACCUGAAGUUAGGAGAUACGUACUUCCUCUGAAUAUUGACAAGGCUGACACAGGCAAGAACUUAGUCACGCUGCCCAACACAACAGCCACUGCCACCCUGUGCAGCGAUGAGACGAUCUGGCUAGAACCUGAGGUCCUCUUCUCAGGGCCUCGCCAAGCAUUUGAGUUUCCUCAAAUCAAUUACCGGAAGUACAGCGGGAGACCUUACACAUUCGCAUACGGACUUGGCUUGAAUCACUUUGUUCCAGACAGGCUCUGUAAGCUGAAUGUCAAAACUAAAGAAACCUGGGUGUGGCAGGAGCCAGAUUCCUACCCAUCAGAGCCCAUCUUUGUGUCCCACCCAGACGCCUUGGAAGAAGAUGAUGGGGUGGUUCUGAGUGUGGUGGUGAGCCCUGGGACCGGACAGAAGCCCGCCUCUCUCCUGAUUCUGAAUGCCAAGGACCUGAGUGAAGUGGCCAGGGCUGAAGUGGAGGUUAAUAUCCCUGUCACCUUUCAUGGACUGUUCAAAAAGGUCUGAGCGUAUUCAAGCCUGAGCAUAUUUCUGGUGAAAAAGGAAACCUGAAAACCAGCUUCAAGCCUGCAGUCUAACUCUACUCAAUUUUAUCUUCCUGCACAGCAUGGUUUUAACUUGCACAAAUUUUACACUGCUGUACAGAAAGUACUGGCUGAGUUAAACAAGCAAUUCCUUUUUUAACAGUAUAUAUUUAGAUAAUAGUGCUUUCUCUGCAGCAUAGCUCAUAACUGAAAACUUCUUUUAAAUACCUAGCAAUCAAAUAAGAAAUGGAUGUGGCCUUAUUAAACUGCUUUUUAUUCCUGUUAUAAAACUGUAUUUAUAUAACUGUCUGCUGUAAUUUUUUUAACAU